AUGUAUGUGGAACUUCCAUUUGAUGAGAUUAAAGUAAAUCCCAUAAAGAAAAGAGUAGCUUAUUUCUAUGAUCAAGAUGUUGGGAAUUAUUUCUAUGGUACAGGACAUUGUAUGAAACCACAUAGAAUAAGAAUGGCUCAUUCAUUAAUUAUGAAUUAUGAAUUAGAUAAAAAAAUGGAAAUUUAUCGAGCUCAACCAGCUACUAAUUUAGAAAUGACACAGUUUCAUACUGAUGAAUAUAUUGAUUUUAUUGAUAGAGUUUCACCUGAUAAUUUACAUCUUUUUCAACGUGAACAAGUUAUAUUUAAUGUUGGUGAUGAUUGUCCUGUUUUUGAUGGAUUAGGUGAAUUUUGUAAAAUUUCAUGUGGUGGAUCUAUGGAAGGGGCAGCAAGGUUAAACAACGGUCUGGCUGAUAUUGCCAUUAAUUAUGCUGGUGGUUUACAUCAUGCUAAGAAAUCAGAAGCAAGUGGAUUUUGUUAUACUAAUGAUAUUGUAUUGGCAAUUAUUGAGUUAUUAAGAUAUCAUCCAAGAGUAUUGUAUAUUGAUAUUGAUGUUCAUCAUGGUGAUGGGGUUGAAGAAGCCUUUUAUACAAAUGACAGAGUUAUGACAUGUUCGUUUCAUAAAUAUGGUGAAUUUUUCCCCGGAACUGGUAAUUUGAAUGAUAUUGGUAUAGGAAAUGGGAAAUAUCAUUCUGUCAAUGUCCCAUUAAGAGAUGGGAUUGAUGAUGCUACUUAUAAAUCUGUAUUUGAACCUGUUAUUAGUAAAAUCAUGGAAUGGUAUCAACCAUCUGCUAUUGUUUUACAAUGUGGUGGUGAUUCAUUAAGUGGUGAUAGAUUAGGUCCAUUUAAUUUAUCUAUGAGAGGUCAUGCCAACUGUGUCAAUUUUGUUAGAUCAUUCAAUGUUCCAUUCAUGGUUGUUGGUGGUGGUGGAUAUACCAUUAGAAAUGUUGCUCGUACAUGGGCAUUUGAAACUGGUAUUUGUAAUGGGGUGAUAUUACCUAAAGAAUUACCAUAUAAUGGAUAUUAUGAAUAUUAUGCCCCAACUUAUGAAUUAGAUGUUCGAUCGUCAAAUAUGAAUAACGCAAAUUCAAAAGAAUAUCUAGAUAAAAUACUUACACAAUUGAUUUCCAAUCUUGAUCAUACUAAACAUGCCCCAUCGGUACAGAUGAAUGAAGUCCCACGUGAUCCCGAAGAUUGGGGUGAUAUUGAAGAAGAUACACCAAUGGCAAUAGAUACAAAAGGUGGAUCACAAAUGGCUAGAGAUAAAAUGAUACAAGGUGAGAAUGAAUUUUAUGACGAUGAUGAGAAAGACCGCGGUGAAAAAAAUAUUGAAGAAAAUGGGAAGUCCAAUGGAAAUGUAAAUGGGAAUACUAAUGGAAUAUUAACAGAUCAAGAACAAGCCGAAAUAUCUGAAUUAAAUAACGAGUCCUGA